AUGCUGCAUCACAGAAGCUUCAAGCCCGCAAAGUGCAAAACCGCAUUGAAGCUUGCGGUUUCACGGAUAAAGCUUUUGAGGAAUCAGAGAGAAGGCCGUGUGAAGAAGCUUAGGAGGGAAUUGGGCCAGUUGCUUUCCUCUGGCCAUAACCUCAAAGCUAGAGUCCAAGUUGAACAUUUAGUAACGGAAGAGAAGAUGAUGGCAGCAUAUGAUCUUAUUGAGAUAUACUGUGAACUUAUAGCAGCACGCUUGCCGAUGAUUCAAUCACAAAGAAACUGCCCCAUUGAUUCGAAGGAAGCAAUUUCAAGUGUAAUAUUUGCAUCUCCAAGAUGUUUAGAGAUACCUGAGCUUGUGGAUGUAAGGAUGCAUAUUAUGGCUAAGUAUGGAAGACAAUUUGUCUCCGCAGCUGUUGAAUUACGCCCUGACUGUGGUGUAAAUCGUUUGUUGGUUGAGAAAUUGUCUACCAAAGCAGCCGAUGGUCCAACAAAGAUCAAAAUACUGACAGCAAUUGCUGAGGAACAUAAUGUCAUGUGGCAACCGUCAUUAGAAGAAAAUGAUAUGAAGUCAUCUCAAGAUUUGCUGGCUGGAGCAAAUACUUUUGAUAAGACUACUUAUGUGGAACCUCCACAACUCUAUGUUCCACCUGCUGGAGCUGAAAAAGACCCUCCCAAUUUACGUGCUUCUUAUCAACUUACUGAAAUGCACGAUAUAUCUAUGAAUUCUUAUGACCAAAAUGCAAGUUUAGCUUCUUCAGGAACUGAAAUCCAAGAAAUGAAUUUUAAAGACAUUUAUCUUAAAAACACGAGUGUUUUUCAAAUGGGUAGACAGAGCUGGAGUAUGGAAUUCAAGGAUGCUGCUUCAGCAGCGCAUGCAGCUGCAGAAUCAGCAGAACGUGCAAGCAUGGCAGCAAGAGCUGCUGCAGGACUUUCUAACCUAGAAAAGUUAACAAGACAGUAUUCAAGUGGAUGGCACAGUUCUUCUGGAAGCGGGUUAGAAGGUGUUAACAAGGCUUCUAAGAUUCCUGGUGCAGGACUUGGAUGGAAGCCUUCAAGGGUUUCUUAUGAGAUUAAAGAUCAGAAGGCAACAUCAAUGGAUAAUUGGGCAAGUUCUGAGCAUGGAUCAUCGGAACAUGCAGCAUCUAAGCCAAGUUCAGAACCUAAAAGGUUCUCGAGUGAGGAAACUGUUGUAACAUCAUCUGCAAGGGUGCAAACUUCGAUUUCCCUUCCUAAAACAACGAUAACAGAUAAGGAAGAGGCUUCAAAAUCUUUGAAUUCUAAUAAAGAUGUUCCCACUAAGGAGAAGGCCAGUCAAUGCAGUCAUGUUCAUCCAAAGCUACCUGAUUAUGAUACCUUCGCUGCCCAAUUUCUGUCUCUUAAGAAGGGUCAUCUAUAA